AUGAGCCAGUGUCGAUCAGGCGUUCUCGUGGGGGAGAAACGGAAAUGGGACGUGGCAGCUUUGGGCUCCGAUAUUUCGGGAGUUCGAGCCGAGUUUGACAGGACUGGUAUGACGGCUUUGGACCAAAGUCUUCGCGAAAUAAAUGAGGGUGGAAGCCUCGGCUCGGCUCGCGAUGAACUAGCUGCCCCCCUAAUGCAGUCGCCUAUAGCGUUUCCUCAGCUGGGCAACGUGGUUGAUCCCGUUAAUCCUAACAGCUCUUCGAACAUGUCAACGGAGGGAAUUUACUUCAAUUCUGGCGAAGGGCAAACCGAAGGUCUUGACUUGCUACAAGAUUUUGAUGCUCCCAUCCUUCAGAUUAUGAAUACUAUCCCAGCGUUGACCGGAUGGCCGGCUCAAGACGAUAUUGUAGUAACCACAGAACCUGCAGUAUACCAUGGACAAUGA